AUGGCCACCCCCGAGGUUUCGCAUGGCCGUGGUGGCGCGGGCAACAUCCACCCCGAUGACACGCCUUACGCCGAUGGCUCGGUUGUCCGGGCUGGCCCUGAGGGUAGCCAUGGUGAUGGCGCCUACAGUGUAGGACGUGGUGGUGCCGGAAACAUCGGCGACGCGGGCGUCAAGUCCGCGGCAACCGGCCGCGCUGACAAGGAUAUCGUCCCCCCCACGGCUUACCGUGCCUCCACCGACGGCGCUGAGCACCAUACCGGGCGGGGCGGCGCCGGCAACGAAGUCAAGCCCACCGAGUCCGCAAACCCUUCCCCCGAUGCAGCCCCUGCUGGCGGCGAUAUUCACCACAUCGGUCUGGCCGACAAGCUCAAGUUCAAGCUAUUCGGCAAGAAGUAG